UGUUCCUGGCCGCCGUGCAACACCUGCGACUUGUUCCUCUGCUCCUUUUGCUCGACCCGUGCCUUCAGCGCCUACAGCCCAGAGCCCCCGAGCAUGUCCCCCCGGGUCCCUCGCAUCCUCUUGUACAUUCUGCGCCGCGAUGUCCGCCUCUCUGACAAUCCCGUCUUCUACUCGGCCUCGUUGCUUGCCAGCCGUCCGAGCUCAACUUCAUCGUCGAUGUCCGAUCGGCGGCAUCGCGAUGAUUCGCUGACUUCAGAGCACGGCCGCGCAACCUUCACCCACCUCUUGCCGGUAUAUAUCUUCCCGGCCAACCAGAUCGAAGUCUCGGGCUUUCUCUCUUCCCCAUCCGACAAGUCGCCUUAUCCCGAGGCGCGGAGCCAGCAUGCCGGUGUCUGGCGAACAGGGCCUCACCGCGCAAAAUUCAUAGCCGACGGCGUUUGGAAUCUCAAGACCAGGAUUGCCGCUCUCAAGUGCGGGUCCGCCCUGCAACUGCGUGUCGGAAAAAUUCCCGACGUGGUUUCUGAUAUUUUGAACUGGUACAGUCAAGACGACAAUGACGGUGUAAUCAGCGGCCUGUGGAUCACGGGCGAGGAUGCCACAGAGGAAAAGGGCGACGAGGCGAGCCUGAGAAAACUCGCCGAGCAGCACGGCGUAGAGUUCAAGGUCUGGGACGACGAGAAAUACUACGUUGACGACCGAGAUCUGCCAUACGACAACAUUUCAAAGUUGCCCAACGUUUACACCACAUACCGCAAGGGCUUGGAGCCACUGCGCAACCGGCCCAGAAAUACCCUCCCCACCCCUGAGCAGCUGCCCCCGCUGCCCCCGAGCAUACCGCCCCAAGCCCCGCCUUUUACCAUCCCGUCGACACUCGACGGCUUGAAGAAGGCGCUACUCACUCCGCUGGAAAAGGAUCCAACCUACACCCUCACAUACCCACCGCAAUGGCCGGCGGACGUUCAAUCAGCGCACCCUUUUUCGGGCGGCGAGACGGCGGGCUUGGAGCGAAUAUCACACCUCAUCACAACAGGCGCAAUGAGCUCCUACAAAUCGACGCGAAACGGCAUGCUGGGCCUUGACUUUAGUACCAAACUUUCGGCCUACCUUGCGCAGGGUCAUAUCACAGCACGACAAGUCCACUGGUCCAUGCUGGACUUUGAAGAAGGACGGGGACCAGGCGAAAAGGCCCAAGGCUACGGCAAAGGCGAAAACGAAGGCACGGCUGCUGUCCGCUUCGAGCUGCUGUGGCGAGACUACAUGCGUCUUUGCAUGCGAAAGUUCGGAUACAAAAUGUUCAGUCUUUACGGCAUCCAGAGCUGCGAGCAAAAAGACGAAAAGGGUCCCCGCGAACACCGAUGGAAAUCACUCAAGAAAUCAUGGGGUGCAGGUGACGACCCUGCAAAAACACUAGAAGCCUUUCAACGCUUCCGUUCCGGCCGAACCGGGGUCGGUCUUAUCGACGCAUCCAACCGCGAGCUCUUUGUCACGGGCUACACGUCGAAUCGCGCGCGGCAAAACGUCGCUUCGUUUCUGUCGUCGCACCUGAAAAUCGACUGGCGCGUCGGCGCAGAGUGGUACGAAUCCUUCCUCGUCGACUACGACACGGCGAGUAAUUGGGGAAAUUGGCAAUACGUGGCGGGCGUCGGCAACGACCCACGACAGGGCCGAGUCUUUAAUCCCGUCAAGCAGGCCCUCGACUACGACAAGCAUGGCGAGUACAUCAAAGCCUGGGUACCUGAACUUCGCGGCCUCAAAUUGACGCGCUCCAUGGGCCAGGGCAAGGAGGAAAUCGACCAGCAGCGCCUCAUGGGCUUGUAUCAGGCGUGGAAACUGAGCGGUUGGGAAAAGUCCAACCUAGGCCUCAAAGGCAUUGAUUGGGUGGAGCACCCGCUUACUCGCAUACAGUUUCAGGUUGGCCGUGGACGCGGCGGACAGGAUGGACGGCCCAAACGUGGAGGGCCUGGUGGCGGUGCUGGUGCUGGUGCGGCUAACGGCGGUGGCGGCGGCGGCGGCGAUAUUCCCUGGCGUGGAAGAGGAGGAGGGGGUCGUGGGCAAGGAAAUUAUCAUUCCAAGCGGAAAUGCGACGAGCAAAAGUGGCCGAGAAAAGAUGAUGGACCUACCAUUGUAAGUAGUGUGCAGCGGACUUGACGGUUGGAGAGGAGGAGCUGUUCCCCGAGGCGUGAAAGUGUCGUGUAUGUAAAUAGGCUUGUUGAUUCCCCUUGUCGAUAUACGCUUUGCAUUUU